AUGCGGCUCGGGGGACCCCCCCGCAGGCCUCGCUCCGGGAAUGACCACGAGGGGCCCUCGAGCCAUCCAGGCCACGUGCCGUUUUGCGAGAACCUGGAGGGUCGGCCAAGGCGCCUGAACACCCCCUCUCCUGGGCCUGCUAUGCCUUCAGGAGUUCGGGGCUCCCCUCGGCCCAGGCGCUGUGACUCUCCGACGUGCUUGAGGCCAGCAACCCAUCCCCCAUUUGGCGACCGCCUCUGGUUCUGCUGGCGGUCGCCCUCCCUGGUUGCCUGUGGCCCCGCCCCCUGCCGGCUAGCGGCCUCUCGGGUCUUGAGAAGCUGCGCUUUCUCUGGGGCCAGAAGAACAGGAGGGGCGGCGGCAGGGGGCGGUUCUGCUCCGGGGACGGCCUUUGAGCGGCGGGAGGUGCUUCCGGGACAGAGGGCGGGCAAGAUGGCGGCGCCCAUGGAGCUGUUCUGCUGGUCGGGGGGCUGGGGGCUGCCGUCUGUGGACCUGGACAGCCUGACCGUGCUGACCUAUGCCAGAUUUACUGGUGCCCCACUCAAGGUGCACAAGAUCACCAACCCCUGGCGGAGCCCUUCAGGGACUCUGCCUGCCCUUCGUACCAGUCAUGGAGAGGUCAUCUCGAUGCCACACAAAAUCAUCACCCACCUUCAAAAAGAGAAGUAUAACGCCGAUUAUGACCUGUCAGCCCGGCAAAGGGCAGACACCCUGGCCUUCAUGUCUCUUGUGGAAGAGAAGCUACUCCCGGUGCUGAUACAUACUUUUUGGGUAGAUGCCAAGAACUAUGUCGAAGUGACCCGGAAGUGGUAUGCAGAAGCGAUGCCCUUUCCCCUCAACUUCUUCCUGCCUGGCCGCAUGCAGCGGCAAUACAUGGAGCGUUUGCAGCUGCUAUGUGGGGAGCAUAGGCCAGACAAUGAAGAAGAGCUGGAGAAGGAGUUGUACCGAGAAGCUCGGGAGUGCCUGACCCUUCUCUCUCAGCGCCUGGGUUCUCAGAAAUUCUUUUUUGGAGAUGCCCCUGCCUCCCUGGAUGCCUUUGUCUUUAGCUACUUGGGCCUGCUGCUUCAGGCUAAGCUGCCCAGCGGGAAGCUACAGGCCCACCUUCGGGGGCUGCACAACCUCUGUGCCUAUUGCAGCCACAUUCUCAGCCUCUACUUCCCUUGGGAAGGAGCUGAGGUGCCACCUCCACGCCCAGCACCAGCCGGCUCAGAAACUGAGGAGGAGCCAUACCGGCGCCGGAACCAAAUCCUGUCCGUGCUAGCGGGACUGGCAGCUAUGGUGGCCUACGCCUUGCUCAGUGGCAUUGUCUCCAUCCAGCGGGCAACACCUGCCCGGGCCCCAGGCUCCCAGGCCCUAAGCAUGGCUGAGGAGGAUGAAGAGGAAUGA